AUGAAGGCUAGCACAGGUAUUGUGCUGCUGGCUUCGGCCGCGGUAGAAGCGCAUUACAAAUUCCCUGCUCUGGUCGUUGGAGGUAGUCGAACGACUGACUGGGAUGUUGUUCGCAUGACGGCAAACUAUCAGAGCAACGGUCCCGUAACGGAUGUCACCUCCAAAGCGAUGACUUGUUAUGAAUUAGCCGGCCGCACACAAAAUACAAAGACGAUCAAUGUUACCGCCGGGUCUACUGUUGGUUAUGUAGCGGAGGCGUCCGUCAGCCAUCCCGGGCCGAUGUCAUUCUGGAUGGCCAAAGUGCCGGCAGGUCAAACAGCGGCAACUUUUGACGGUUCUGGAUCUGUUUGGUUCAAGGUCUACCAGGAUUACCCCAGUGUUGCCGCCGGUCUAACAUGGCCAACGCAAGGGAAAACAACUAUCAACGUCCAGAUUCCCAAAUGUCUCGCAGAUGGCGAGUACCUGCUUCGUGGCGAACAUAUUGCUCUGCACAGCGCAAGCAGCGUGGGUGGCGCGCAGCUUUACAUCUCCUGCGCCCAAGUCAGCGUAUCAGGCGGCAGCGGGACGUACAGCCCAUCCAAGACCGUGUCGAUCCCAGGCGUAUACUCACCGACCGAUCCCGGCCUCGUUGUCAACAUCUAUUAUCCCGUUCCAACCAACUACAAGCCUCCAGGUCCUGAUCCGUUGACUUGCUAG